AUGCUUCACAAUGAGGUGAUUGUGGUAAUAGAUCGGAAAGAACAAUUAAACAUUGUUAAAGAAUUCCAUGAGGGUCUCGGUAAUUCUGAGAAAGCUGUUGCAUUAGCUAGCCACUUAGGAAUUAAUGCUGUGAGAAAGCAAAUUUUUUCAAGAUUUUUUUUGCAUACAAUUAGGGAGGAUAUCACCAAACAUGUAGCUCAAUGUGAACGAUGCCAAAAAACCUCUAACAGAAACCUAAAAGUGUCUCCUGCUUUAAAACCUGUUAAAGUAGAACAACAAGUGAUGAAACAAGUUGGUGUAGAUUCAAUUAAAUUACCUGAAUCAAACGGAUUCAAUUAUGUAACUGUCCUUAUAGAUAACACAAUUGUCCUUAUAGGACACAAUCAAAGUUGCGAAGGCAACUCUCAAGAACACAGCUUCAAUUAUUAUUAUCAUUAUUUUUCUAAGUGGACUGAAGCUGAACCUCUUAUUGAUAAAACAGCAGUAUCAGUAGCAGCCUUUCUUUAUAGAGUUAUUUGCAGGCAUGGUUGUUUUCGAAAACAAAUUAAUGACCAAGGUCGUAAAUUUUUAAAUUCAGUAUCCAUUGCACUACACGAUAUGACAGGCGUUCAGCAACGUGUAACCUCUGCUUACCAUCCACAAGCCAAUGACCUUGUGGAGAAUCAGAACCAGACAAUUAAGAAAGCAAUUGUUAAGGUCUUAACUGAAAAUGGUAAAAGUUGGGCCUCAGUUUUAGAUGGAAUCCUUUUUGUUUUACGUGUUAAAGUGCACGAUUCAAUGGGGUAUUCACCAUUUUGCCUUAUGUAUAACCGACAACCCUAUCUUCCAAUCGAUGUAAAGUACACGAAUGUACUCAAUGGGGAUAACUACAAUCCUGUAUAUGAUAAAGAAGUUUUACAAAAGGUUUUACAAAUGAAAAGAGGACUUGAAGCCACGGUCGUUCAGACUUACUAA